AUGGUGUCUUUUAAAGAUUCGAUGCUGUUUAUAACCCCAAAAGCGACAACAGCUUUCAAUUCGUCGCACAGCAGCAAUUUUUUUCUCGUUUUCUUUUUUCUGUCAAUUACUCUUCUUUUUUUAUUUCUUUUCAUUUCCCCAUUUUCUCUUUCUAUCAUUUUCUUUUUUCUGUCUUUCACCCUUUCUUUCUUUCUUUCUUUCUUUUCAUUUCCCAAUUUUCUUCGUUUGUUUGAUUCUUUCUUUCUCCAUUUUCUUUCUUUCUUUUCAUUUCUCCAUUUUUAUUUUUCCCUCUUUUUUCUUUCUUUCUUUUUAUUUUCUCUUCAUUUAUUUGAUUCUUUCUUACUCCGUUUUCUUUCUUUCUUUUCAUUUCUCCAUUUUUAUUUUUCUCUCUUCCUUUCUUUUCUUCUUUUUCUUUCUUUCUUUCUUUUCAUUUCUCCAUUUUUAUUUUUCCCUCUUUUUUCUUUCUUCCUUUCUUUUUAUUUUCUCUUCAUUUAUUUGAUUCUUUCUUUCUCCGUUUUCUUUCUUUCUUUUCAUUUCUCCAUUUUUUUUUUCCCUCUUUUUUCUUUCUUUCUUUCUUUUUAUUUUCUCUUCAUUUAUUUGAGUCUUUCUUUCUCCGUUUUCUUUCUUUCUUUUCAUUUCUCCAUUUUUAUUUUUCUCUCUUCCUUUCUUUUCUUCUUUUUCUUUCUUUCUUUUCAUUUCCCAAUUUUCUUCGUUUGUUUAAUUCUUUCUUUCUUUUUCAUUUUCUUUCUUUUCAUUUUUAUUUUUCUCUCUCUUCCUUUCUUUCUUUUUAUUUCCCAAUUUUCUUCGUUUGUUUAA